UUUUCUUUUUCUUUUUUUGUUCUCGAUGGGAUUCACUGAUCCGAGUGAUGGAUAUGAUUGGUAAGAAGAGGGCAAAGGAACAGCCUGGGCCUGAGCUCGCCCCUCGCUAUCAAACCCUAGAUUGGUAAUAUAUCUUCAUAUACGUAGUUAUGAAUUAUCUUUGGCUGACCCAUGCCUACGCCGUAUUGCUUUUCAGCCAUUUCACGGAAAAAUUCGCUGGGACAAUCUUCAAUUCUGAUCUCCAUCAUGUCCGUCUGAGGGCAAUCGCUGCCGAAAUCUUCUGGAUAUAGUCCUGGUUUUUGAGGUGGAAUAAGCCUGCAUCGAUUUAGACUUGGUGUGUAAGGGGUAUUCGAUGCUUCUGUAAAGUCUCCUUUGGUCUGGAUUGAAAUGGCACCUUUACCAAGCUGCGGGUUUGAACUGGCAACCAGUGAUCCUGGAGAGAUAAAUAUUUGGACGAGCUUUCGGGGUUAAGAGAAGUUUGCAUCUGCAGAUACGCUGCCUAGCAAAAUAUACAUGCAAGACAUGUAAAGCUGUAUUCCACAUCUUUGCAUUGAUUCAUUGAUGCAUCCUGUUUGCCAGGUUGGGCAGAUCAUGUCGCGUAGGGGAGGGAUUGGAUGGACUCUCGAAUUGUCACUGAAAAGUUGAAAGGCGACCGGGAACAAAAUGGGGUGUAAGCCAUCAAGAGAAUAGCAUUUCCACAUUGACUGCCUCGUUGCCUAUUUGAGUGACUCAGAGAGAAACUUAACUUAGAGCAGAACCUCGCCUCUGCUGUGUUGAUGAAGGCCAUGAUGCCACCAGUUAUGCACCUUGGGAGGCUUGAAUAUGAUGCUUUUACUCUGAUACUAGGUGCAUAACCCAUUCCGAACAAGGUCACAUCACCUGAUAUGAGCCUGCUGCUUAGAUCCCCGUUUCUUCUUUAUCCGUUUCGUAAUAGUGGUUCGCGAGGCCGGUAUCAAUUCCGGCCUCAUGAAGUAUAUAAUCCGCCACCAUCUCCCGCAGUUUUGACUGUCUUUCUGUUCCUCAAGAAAGCACCUUUUCGUUCCAUUGUUCCCUUUUCUCUGCUUAUUUUCUGUUGUUGAUCAAUUAAAUUUCCCUUUUAAGUUAGACUCUGUCUAUUAUACUUUCAAGUACUUUGGUUCCAUAUAUUCAUUCCCCCUUUUCACCUCCACCCCCAAGUACACCUUGUCACAAUUGAUCGACAAGAUAUAUUGCCAACUAUCAUCUGAAGUAACCAUGAAGAAGUCUGAAGCACCUUGUUCUACCUUGGAACACUUCCCCCACCUAUUCGACACCCCUGACAAGCUCUCGAGAGACAUCGACCCCUUUACCAUCACCACCUCAUCGGGGUUCUUGCCUUUCGAGCUUCCUCCUGUAACCUUGCCUGAUGCUUUCAAGGCAUUGGACUCUUUGACUUCUCGCCUGCCUGUCGUCAAGGCAGACGGGUCACCUGGCCUCCUAGCUACUUAUGAGCUUGGCCCAGCUGUCCUUGCUGAGCUUCCUGACCUUACUGAUGAGGUGGAUAAGCUCCUCACAGAGGAUGGUAAACCGGAUAGAUUUAUGAUCACAGCUGUAUUCAGGGAUUAUACAUUCGUCUGCUCUGCUUACUUACUAGAACCGUGCUAUGAGAAAUGGUCCAAAGACCCUGCUGGCGGUUAUGGGCUUGGCCGGGAUACUUUGCCGAAGUGUAUCGCACGACCUCUUUAUCGAUGCUCCGAGAUCCUCGACGUACCGCCCUUCAUGUCGUACGCAGCUUCUUAUGCGUUGUUUAACUAUACCACUGCUGAUCCCUCACUGGGGUUAGAGUACUCUAAUCUUAGGCUCAUUCGUGCUUUUGAGCGUGGACUUGAUCCCAAAAGCUCCGAAGCGGGAUUCAUUCUGACCCAUGUUGAUAUGGUAAAGGAGUCAGCUGCCUUAGUCAGUGGCGCUGUCCGCAUACUCAACAAGCUGGAGGAAAGUAAAGAACCCUCGUCUCGGGAAGAAGUUAAUGACGCCUUCAGGGAAAUUCUCAAGGGGAUGGCGAAAGUUGAAGCUUGUAUGGAAGAUAUGUGGAAGAACUCCAAGCCUAGUGAUUACCUCUCGUUCCGCGUAUUUAUCUUUGGUAUCACAUCUCAGGCAAUGUUUCCAAAUGGCGUCGUCUAUGAAGGCGUCUUAGAUAACAAGCCGCUAAACUUCCGUGGAGAGAGUGGCGCUAACGAUAGCAUGAUUCCGCUACUUGACCACCUUCUCCAAAUUCAAAUGCCAUCUACACCAUUGACGACAAUUCUACAUGAAUUCCGCGCCUACCGUCCGCUUCCACACCGUCAAUUUUUGGCACAUGUGGCAUCCAAGGCAGAGGAGGUUGGCGUUCAAGAAUUUGCCGUCCAAGACGCGGAAACAGUACUAUUGUACCUGAAAGCCCUGGACCAUGUCCGGAGUUUCAGAUGGAGGCAUUGGCUGUUGACGCGAGAGUACAUCAUUAAGCGAACGCCAUAUCCAACAGCAACUGGCGGAAGCCCAAUUAUCACGUGGCUUCCUAACCAACUUUUCGCGGUACUGGAUCUCAUGAUCUCAAUUCACGACAAGUAUGUCGCUCCAUUUACCAGCAAGGAUCUCCCUACUGUCGUCGGCACGAACGGUGCCCAGAACGGAGCGGCUCCCUCUGAGCAGAAGAAGGUCGAGAAGCUGGAGUCCUUCUACUACUAUCGAGCUCAGACAGAAGAGAUGAUGACGCUUGUGCGUGAUCAAAAGAAUAAGCUAGACAGAGAGGUCGCUAGAUGGUGCCAGGAGCGCGGUGUAUGAAUUAUAUAUGGGAUAAUUUCUAUGUCUUAAAACACCCAUUCUUGCGCCUAUUUGUGGCUUGGAAAUGUGUUACUGGUAAUGUCGGGUGAUAUAUCGUUCGAUCGGCAUUCGGUAUUUCAAUAACUAGGUUUUGGUUUCCCCUUUUCGUUGAACUUAGCUUUCAAGAAAUGCAAUCCAACUAUGAGUGGGCCUUCUUUUGCCGUAUAUUUGCUCUCCUUGGCUAGAGGAUAAUUGUAUGAACGAGGUAGAUAUACUUAAAGAGAGGAUAAAAGGCCGAACAUGGGAAUACGAGUUCUCUUUCGCAGUGUUCGUCGUUUGGGCCACAUGGCAACAAGCCCUUUCAUAGCUACCUUAGCUUCUUGCAGAGCGCCGGCCGACCAGCAUUUUCACUUUCCAAAAGGAGGGCGUUCAAGAUAAGUUCUUGAAAGGUGAAUCGCAGCAUGCUUGGGAAAGUGAUUUCAAGUUCUGGCAGGUCAUGCAGUUAACAAGCCCAAGUUCAACCACGCGUAUCUCCUAGAAUAGACCAAAAAGGAAUGAAGGCGGGGGUGUAUGUAAGAUUUCGUCCUAUUAUCUACGCGGUGAGGCUGGAGGGAUAGGAACCCGUUUUCGCCCUUCCAGAUUUAUAGGUGGUGGAAUCUCAACCCCUUUGCUCCUGGCAUAGUCAAUGAAAUCCCUACUAAAUGGCGUCUCCAUCUUGUGAAUGACAAGCUUUUCAAGUUUCAACUUAUCGCAAUCCAGGAGCCGUUUCACGCUGUGUUCUUUCACCUGUGUCCGGGAAAUGUCCAGUUCCUUGAUAUUAGGGACCAUGUCGAUUAUGUUUGUGAUAAUCUUGUCAUCGAUUUCUGCCAGGCCACUGAUGUUUAGAGACAUGAGAUUCUCUAGGUUGCCUUGCAUCAUCGCUAUCAGUAGGUCUUCUACAUGUAGGUGGCAUCCCUCGAGAUCAAGGUUUGUGAGGGACGGUUUCGAUUGAGUGAGAGCAAUAAGAAAUGUACCCAAUUCAUCGUAUUGGAAGCGCUGGAGAAUUAGGCUUUUUAAAUUCGGUGUCAUCGCUGAUAUGGUAUUGCUUGGUAGGAUGAUUGGGGGGUCAUACUCGCUCAUGGAUAAUGAGAGGUGUUCAAUAGAUUCGGGUAGUUUAGGGUAAUUGUUGAAUUUUAUGCCUAGAAGCCCGAGACGCUUGAGUUUUGGCAGGUUCGAAAUUUUUGGUACGUCACUCAUCCUCAAGGUUGUAGAACAUGAUCUGUGGAUGAGGUAUAACUCUUCAAGAUUCGGGGUUAUAUCGAAUAGAGUGGCCUGGACUUUAAAUUAGUACCUGAGAUGGAAUGCGGAGUCAGGGGCUAAGUACAUUUCUUAGAAAUGGUAGAUCUAGUGGGGAAACAUCAUGUGGAUGUCUAUAGUGACGGCAUCCAAGGACGAUUAGUGACCGCAGAUUGGGAAGUUUAGCAGGAAACACUUCGUAGUCACUAGGCGGCGCAGGCUUGAUAUGAACCUCGACCCGUUCAAGCAACGGACAAUCCGAUAAAACCUUCAUGAAAUCAGAGAAUGUCAUCUCGGAUGUUGCUGAACAGACUAAGGUUCUUAGACUAGUGAGAGUGUAAACUGGCGCAAAUUCGAAUUUCGGGUAGAAGCCUGGUAGAAGCUCCAGGUGUUCUAAAGAAGGAAUCUUUUGUAACCCGGCCAUAAGCUUAGGAAAAUCGACUGAUUGAAGAUUGGCUAUUGAGGCGCGAGUCAAUCUCCAGUGUGAUCUGCGUAAGAACACCUGAAUUGAUUUGAGAGAGAUGGGUCGGUUGGCUUUUGAGAGGUCAAGAUGGGUCCAUAACUUGGGGAGCGAAUUUAACACCAUAUUCCAAUGCUUAGAAACCCGGAGUGCUGAACUUUGUAGCAUCAUGCUAGUUUAGUCGGGAGGUACAAUGAGAGAGAAAAUAAACGAGAAAAAAGGGGAUUCUCACAGGAGGGACUUUAGAUCCAAAUAUUCUAAUAUCAUGGACAUUAGCUCAAAUGGUAAGAGAGCAAAAUAAUCUAUGGGCUGCUUAAAUCGUUUUUCUAACUUUGCCGCUAAUUUUUUGAUUUGCUAUGCAAGAGAU